GAUUUUGAGAAUUGGACAAAUUGGAAGAGCUCGCAAAUUAACGCCGGGAAAAUUGACAGAUUCGAUUAGCAAUCUAAAAAGCAUAAAGCCAGCGAAGAAACGACAGAGACAACAGCCGGCGGCUUCUUUAAUUUGUCAACCAUCCACCACCCAGCAUCCACCCAACGGACUUCCGCUAAAUCCAUCGCCCUAAGCCGACAAACAUCGAGUCAUGCCUGAGCAGGAUAAUUACGAUGAUGAGUUGGUCUCCAGCAAUCCCAACCAAAGGAACUGGCGCGGGAUCCUCAUCGCGCUAUUGGUCAUCAUCAUUGUCCUGGCCCUGAUUGUAACUUCGGUGGUGCUGCUCACGCCCCCCGAUGAGGGACCGCGGGUCAAAGGGCAGCGCAUCAAGCUGCAGGACAUCGUCGAUGGCCUCUUCGUGCCGCAGAACUCAAACAGCAGCUGGAUCGAUGGCGAGGAGUUUCUGUACCAGGACCAUUUGGGUCGCAUCUGUCUGCUGAAUGCAGCCAAUCGCUCGGAACGUGUCCUCAUGUCCAAUGUGACAUUUAAAACCCUGGCCCCCUUCACCUUCACCAUAUCGGCGGACAAGCGCUAUCUGCUGCUGGCCCAGAAUGUUGUGAAAUUAUUCCGGCACUCGUAUUUGGCCCAGUACACGCUCUACGACAUCCAGACCAGCGAGAGCAUCAAGCUGCGGCACAGUCCGCACCAGGAUGAAUGGCCCUAUCUGCACUACGCGCGAUUUACGCCCGCUGGAAACGCGUUGGUCUGGGUGGAGGGCUACGACAUCUACUACCGGCAGGAGGUCCGCAGCCCGGCCGUGCACCGGAUUACCCAGGAUGCGGUGCCCGGAGUGGUGUACAACGGCAUUCCCGAUUGGCUGUACGAAGAGGAGAUUCUUCAUGCAAAUAAUGCGAUUUGGAUGUCCGACAAUGGCCAACUGAUGCUGUACGCCACCUUCAACGAUACGCACGUCCAGGAGCAGCACUUUGCGUGGUACGGGACGACGGGACCGUCUGGAGGACCAGCGGCGGCUGCAGCGGGAGUUGGCGGAGGCGGAGGAGCAGCGGGCGCCUCGUCCAGCGGCAGUAAUCCGCAUGCCAACCUGUACCCGGAAAUCAGGUCCUUACGCUACCCAAAACCGGGCACCCAGAAUCCCACAGUAACCCUACGAGUAGCUGACCUGAAGGAUCCGCAGCAAGUGCGCAUCACCGACCUAAAACCUCCACAAAUUCUGGCUCAUGAGGAUCACUACUUCAGCAGCGCCAGUUGGGUGAGUCACUCGAAGAUCGCUGUGGUGUGGCUCAAUCGACCGCAGAACAUCUCGGUGGUCAGUGUGUGCAAGGCUCCGUCGUUCGAGUGCAUUGAGACCCACCGGGUGAGCGGAGAUGGACGUGGCUGGGUGGACACUGUCUCAGUGCCGCUGUUUGCCUCCAAUGCCAGCCUCUAUGUGGCCAUCUCCCCGCUAAGAGACGGCCUGUUUGGCUAUUUCCGGCACAUCGUGCACGUGGACAUCGACAAGAACCGGGUGCUGCCCCUCACCCAUGGGCCGUACGAGGUGAAUCGAUUGCUGCACUGGGAUCAGCUGGAUAAUUGGAUCUACUUCCUGGGAACUCCGGAGCGCCUGCCCUCGCAGCAGCAUCUGUAUCGCGUAUCCGCCCUGCCUGCCCGCCAAGGCCAGGCUCUGCACCCUCCGGACUGCCUGACGUGUCCGGCGGUGACGCAGUGGGCCGAGGGCUACGACGAGGGCCACACCAAGUCGCCGCCCAAGCUGGUGACCGCCUGGGAUGACGACUGGGAGGAUUCGGAGGAGGCGGAGGCGCCUCCACCCCAGCCAGCACUGCCGGUGGAGCAGCAGCCUCCGGGGAGGGGACAGAGUGCCCCGCUGCCACCGCCACCCAGCGAUUGCCUGUACCACGACGCCCAGUUCCCACCAUCCCGCCAGGCGAAAUAUGUGCUCGUUGAUUGCCUGGGCCCAGUGGUACCCACCGCUAUCAUCUACGGCCUGAAGUCCACCGCUCCGGAAGGCGCCAAGGUGAAACGGCAGAGCACCCAACAGGAGGAACCACCCACGGAAGGGGGGACAGAACAGAAAGCGGCCAAGGAGGAGCCCAAGUCGCAGUUCCUGGAACUCCUGGUCACCGUGCAGAACAACACGCGGUUGAAGGAAAAGAUGGCCAAGACGGCCAUGCCGCAGAUCAAGACCUUUCCCGUGAUGAUCUCCGGCGGAUACCAUGCCCAGGUCCGGCUAUACCUGCCGCCCGUUCUGCGCGAGGACGAGAUCACGAGAUAUCCCACCAUACUACACGUUUACUCGGGACCGGGCAGCCAGCUGGUCACCGAUCGCUGGCACGUCGACUGGAACACCUAUCUGGCCGGCAGCAAGGACUACAUUGUCGUGGAGAUCGACGGACGGGGAUCGUCGGGACAGGGCUACCAGCUGCUCCACGAGGUAUACAAGCGCCUUGGCAGCGUCGAGGUCUCCGACCAGCUGGAGGUGAGCGAGUACCUCAGGGACAACCUGCACUUCAUCGAUUCGCGCAGGAUGGGAGUCUGGGGCUGGAGCUACGGAGGAUAUACAGCCGCAUUGGCGCUGGCCGGGCAGCAGUCGAUAUUCCAGUGCGGGAUCAGUGUCUCGCCAGUCACAAAUUGGAAGUUAUAUGACUCUACGUAUGCCGAACGCUAUCUGAGUUUCCCCAACGUGACGGACAACUACAAGGGCUACGAGGAGAGUGAUCUUUCCAAGUACGUGGACAAUCUGAGGGAUCGCCAGUUCCUGCUGGUCCAUGGAACUGCGGACGACAAUGUGCAUGUGCAGCAAUCGAUGGUCUUGGCCAGAUCGCUGACCAGCAAAGGGGUGCUCUAUAAGCAGCAGAUAUAUCCCGAUGAGGGUCACAGCCUUUCGGGGGUCAAGCGGCACUUGUACCGAUCGAUGACCGCCUUCUUCGAGGAUUGUUUCAAGAAACUGGUGCCGCCGGAAUCGAAAGCAGGUCUGGGAAAUGGCGGCGAUAUGCAACAGCAAUAAACAUGACUUAUGGAACCUGCAGCGGAAAAUGUAUAAAAAUAUAAACAGCGUAAUUCUGAUAACAAAAGUAUGGAAAACAACAAACUUCAGCCGGAACGUGCGAACGAAAUGUUUUUUGUGAAUUGCAUUAAAUGUGAUUUAUCAUGAACACCAACCCACCCACACACACACACACUCUCGCAGAGAGAACUGUUAAAUGGCAACGCAAAUAGCCAAACAACAACAACAACACCAACAGCAAGGACAACUAAGUUAAAUGGCAUUUUGUGUAAAAUUAAUAAGCAAAGCAGCAGAAACAGCAGCGAAAGCGAAAUGCCAAGUAAGUGUGCAAAAAAGAAGCAUAAACAAACAAAUGUAUGUAUGUGCGCGGACAAAGCGAACAAAAUCAACAUGGUUGUGAAAACAUAACUCACACA